AUGCCUCAAGCCAAGUUGCCGGCUAAGAAACCUAAGGGAGCGACUGCCCAGCCCAAAGCUUCAACCAUUAAGCCUUCCAAGGCAUCAAAACUGCAGUUCUGGAAGAAACGCAAACAAGAUGACAAACCAGAAGAACCCAACUACCCACCGAACCCUGCAAUCAAGGCUGCUCCCUUCCCUGCACCUAGGAUACAGCGCAUCGCCGAAUGGCAGCGCAAGCCGAGUAUUCUGAAACCGUACUGCACGCCAAUGGUGAUCGCUGCACUCAAGUCGAUCGACCAGCGCACGACAUCAAUCAACUUUCACCCCAUCAAUCGCAUCAAGGUCGAUCCUUCUCUGGCGCCGGUUCUAGGAGAUCUUUGGGAGUCGCCGUCGACAGCAGCCAGCUACACCCCGCUGUUACGCCUCUUCUUCACGGCACCAGUGGUCGAAGGGAUCGUUGCAGACGUCGCCACUAUUGAAAGGCGAAUUCGCAGGCACCUUACCAGGGGCGUGUGCUGCACCUGGUUUGACAUGCUCCGCGAGGAUCUGGAUAGCGUGUGGGAGCGGGCGGAGCGCGAACACUUUGCGCGCGAGGAGGAGAUGUGGUUCGUGCCGCGGCUGGUGCGUCGAUCCAGGCGGGUGACCUGCUCCGAUGCGUAUCGGCAUCGCGAAAUCAAGGAGUGGCGGUGGAAGGAUGGAAAGUGGUGGGUCGAGAGCAUGUUUCCCAAGGCCAAGAUCGUUGUUGAUAGAAUGACCGACGAGCACGGUUUCUGA